AUGCGAAUGCGAACGGCCAAAGCGAACUACGCCGUUGUACGCAUAAAGUACUCUAUGAUAUACGGCCUCGGUCUGUUGUAUGUCGCCCUAAGCACUGCGGCAUACAUCGUCUCUCUAGCGCCGCGCACUAUUAUCACAAUAAUACUUUCCAUCUUGCUAUGUGGAGACCAACAUGGAUAUCAUGCACAUCUAUGGAGCGUCGCCACUAUCCCAGCCCAGCUGGAACGUGUUCCCGUCCAGUUCGCAAGAUAA